AUGGUCUGGCGCUACAUUUUACGACGUCCCGUGCUGGGCGCACUUUGCUUCCUAGUGCUUUUCACCUGGUUACUUCAACAGCCUGAUACCUCGGUUAAACAGAUUUCUCUUCUUCAACACCGUUACCCAUUGCUGUUUGAACGCGUUCAUACGAACACUCGCAGUGGUGGAGCGUGGUACAUCCCACCGACCUGGACAAAUGAGACGGAACAGCAUCCCGAGAACAUUGUCGACGCCGCGGAGCGAGUGUUGCGCUUGGCCCAGACGACUGAACGACAGAUCCCGCACUCCUCAAUCCCCCUGAUCGUCCACCAAACCUGGAAGAGCACGCGCGUUGACACCUGGCCACACGUGUUACAGCAGAGCACGGAGAAAUGGUUGCGCGCGGUGGACGAGCAGAUGGCUUAUUUUUUGUGGGACGAUGACGGAAUACGACAGUUCAUUCGGCGGUUCGAGCCAGAACGGGAGAAACAGUUCUAUGCUUUACCCAGCCACGUGGAACGGUCGGAUGUCUUCCGGAUUCUCGUAUGCAAGUGGAUCGGUCGCAUUCGAGAUGGUAACCACUCAGCCACCAAUGCUGGGUGUUGA